AUGAAAACAAACUAUUUCUCAGAUACUUCAGAUACUCCAGAUUGGAAACUACUAGAUUUUUUGAAGUUCCGUCAGAAAGAAGAAAGCUGGACAGCAAAUAAGCAGAAAGAGUAUUAUACAUAUAUUUCGACUUUACGCAGAAUGGUAAAAACUGAUAAAGGCAAAUCUGUUGCCUCUGCUCUGGAAACUUAUGAAGCUGGAGCUGUUGACGAUCUAUCGUGUUCUGAUGCUGAUGCCUAUAACCACGUGUCUACGCGCCUCAAUGAUUUGAAUAAUCGAUCCAUGUUCAAUAUGGACUGUUCAGCUCUGAGUCAGGUUAAUUCUCAGGAGGUAAAAAAAUUCUGGGAAGAUAGAGAUGCGGAAACUUUUCUCGCAAAUUUAGAUACGGCGUUCACUAUUGAGCGAACAUUAGAACAUAAUGACUAUAUCAACGAAGUGGGCCAACAACGUAAAAAUCUAUUAAAGAAAAGAACGAAAGAACGGGAAGAGGCAAAAUGUUCUACAAAGAAACCCAGGGAUAGCGCAUCCAUUGAUUAUAGUGAUUUAAGUGAAACUGACCUUUCUGAUUUGGGUCAUGAAGAGAAGCGGGAGAACGGUAAAAGUGAUGAUAGCGAUUAUGAACCAAGUAAUCAUUCAACCAGUUCCUCUUAUUCGGAACAUAUUAUUCGGAGAAAAAAGCAAAAGAUCAGUAAAGGAAAACUACCGGAAGUAAAAGUGACAGUAAGAUAUGAUAACGGAAAUGCCAGUUCCUUAAAUUCCAUGUCAAACAAUGUAAUAAUAUCACAAGAUUCAUCAAAUCAAGAACAAUUACCGACUGUGAUAGUUACAAACCCUACUACCCAAAUCCCAAGAACUCCAUCACCAAGGCCUAAUGUUAGUAAUAUACAGGUUACUCCUCAAAAGUCGGUGCUUUUUAAAGAAUCUGUUACCUAUUUACAAAAUCAUAUAAGGUUAAAUGUAAAUGAUCAAGGAAUGAUCAUAAAGGACAAUGAUACUUCGGUAGAAAUUUCCAGCAUAAUUCGUAAUUGGCUUGUAACGGUGUUAUCAUCAUCAAAAGAGGAUUUUAUAAAAGCAAUAAUGACCCCUUUGAGCCCAUUAAAACGAAACAUUGGUGAACGUACAUUUAUUGUUGAAAGGAUCGUUCCCUUGUUCAAAGCAAUCCAAUCAAUAUAUAAUGAAUACAAGUUUCACUGGAUUGAAAUCGAAUUGGAUUGCAUGAGGGAAGUGAAGAAAAUAUUUCCGAAAUUCAAUUUAACAAUAAACCAAGCUGAUGGUUUGGGAAUACGGAAUUCAAGCAAUAAGGCAGUUAUGUUUAUCGAAGUGUCUGGUGGACCCGAAAACACGGAUCCAAAGCACGUGAAGGAAGAUUCCGAAAAACUCCUAAAAGAAUUAAUAUUCGGCCUUGUCUCCUUAUUACGAAAUUAUCUGGAUAAAAGUGCAGAAAAAUCGAAAAAUUUAUAUACAUUCAUGAUUCAGAGCAUUGGUGACCGAUUGACACUCAGUAAACUAUGCCUUACAAGCAAGCACGUUUACAAAGUUUCGCAGAUCAAAUCUGCAACCCUUCCAUUCGAAUUCAUCGAUGUAGCGGAAUUUUUGGCUGUCUUUGAACUUCUUUAUGUUCUUGUGAGCGAGCUCGAAAUUCAAACAGGAGUAAUUAAUAAAUUAAGGUUAUCCGAAUCAGUCGACGGCAUCAUUGUACCAAGAAUUCGUGAUUGGAUUUGGCUACCAGAUUCGGUUUCUACGUGGGAAUGUAAAGAGAUUCAAAAUGAAAAUUCAUGA